UACAUUCUCUGGGGUCAAGGUGACAUCAAGGUUUGAACGAUCUAUGCAGUAUGAGUCAGUGAACAGUGCCCGAGCGCAGCGGUGGUGGUGCGAUUUCAGGAUGUCCCCGGCAGCGUCGUUCGGCGAGCGAUGGGCCUUAGACAACUUGACAAGGAAAGCCUCACCAGAAGAGCUCCUCACCCUUGAUCUUAUACUCAAUUGCUGUAGUGGAGAUGAGACAGAAGCAUCGAAAAGAGCGAGAAAAUAUUACACAGCUCGAGGGCCUGGUGGACUCACUGAGUUAUGGCAUCGGCGGCGACCUGACGAUGAAGAUAUAUUGUCUAGCUGUCAAGAUGUAUACAUAGUACCUCUACGCACCCGCAGCGCUGAAGGUAGACGACUGACAUUUGUCAAACUACCCGCACCUACAGCGCUAAACAAACCACUUUCUCCAAAAGCGUUGUUAGCAAGAUGGCUCAUGAUAUUGGACAUAAGGUUAAGAGAUGAUCCAACUCCAGGUGAUGAAGUAGUGAUGAUAGACGUAUGUGACCUGCAACCCGCGCAUCUCAAAAGCCACUUCAAAGGGAGUUAUUGGAAAGAUUUCGCUUGGUGUAUGAAGUCGGCGUACCCUCACCGAUUUUCAGAAAUCCAUAUCAUCAAUACACAGAAGCUUAAAACUAUAACCGUCCUACUCUUACACAUGAGUUUUUACCCCUGGCGACGUAUCAUCCGAUCACACGCAGGUGAAGAUGGUAUUAACAAUUUUAUGAACGACUACUUCCCGCCUGAAGGUUUACCUCAUGAAUACGGGGGGAAAGCUGGUGUUAUGAAAGAUCUCAAUGAUGAAUGGACAAAGAAACUUCUACUAAAUUCAAAAUGGCUCCAAAUCGAAGAGCAAAAGUUCUACCAAACGGAAUUGAAACCAGACAAACGUCGUCAGAAUAGAAGUCUUCGAAAUCUUCUUAGUAUAAGUUCUUAUGAUAUAUCUCGGAGUCAGUCCUGCAAAUCGUUGGAUAAUGACCUUGAGGAGGGUCCCUAUGGGGCGUAUAGGAGUCUGACAGUAGAUAAAACUUUUUACAUAUAGACUUUUCCCUUUUUAACUGAAAUUGUACUACAUACAAAUUACAUGAGUGUAAAUAAAAAAAAUAAGGAAACGAAAUUAACUAAAUUAAAACGGAGUAUUUAAACACUUAAUUACGAUAAACACGUAUCUAAUCAAUACUUUCUAUUCAAUUUACAAGUGUGAUAAUAGCAACAAUUUAUUAUUAUACUUUUAAAAAUAACGUAACCUAUUUUAAUUAUGAAUAAAUCAAUAGUUUGCAAAAUAAUACUUGUCAAAGCUGGCGACUCAAAGUGAGUUUUGGCUUCCAAAACAAGAGAACGUCCACCAUCAGAAUAAUAUAUCGUUAAGGGAUCAAGCAAAUGCAUCAGGGUCAACUGUAUUCGAUUAAGAUUGGUCAAAACGCAGUGUUCACAACCUGAAGCCAGGCAGUUGUCGUAUCAGGGCCGUAAAAUUAUCGUAUAUGUGAUCCAUAUACGAUAAAUUAUCAUACAGUCAGGAAAAUGGCUAAAAAUACUUUAAAAAAUCAUAUGAACCGUGAAAAAAAAAUGUUGCAAACGAUUUAUAGUUUAAAUCUUGUAAACUUGUGUUUUUC